UAAAUUUGUGUGAGUGCGUGCGUGCGUAGUGAACAGUGUUCGUUCGAUGAGCAGCGUCCGGGAUUAAUCAGACAUACGAAAAGAGAAUCCCAAGACAGAGAACGAAAAGACGGGCGGUGCACAUAAUCAACAUCAUUGCCAUCAAAAGAGAACAAGAAAAGUAUUUAGCUAUUCCAAUAAACAUAACAACAACCAAGAGGCGGCGACGACAUCGAGCAGAGAAGAAUCCUUUUCUGCUGCCAGCAGUGAGCAGGCUGGUUGGUCCACAUCUGACGCGUGUUAAUUCUGCGGGGAAUGCGUCAGUAGCUAGUCACAACAGAAAUGACUGAAUACAAACUGGUAGUGGUCGGUGCUGGAGGUGUCGGCAAGUCGGCGCUCACGAUACAACUCAUCCAGAAUCACUUUGUGGACGAAUAUGACCCCACCAUUGAAGAUUCCUACCGGAAACAAGUCGUGAUUGAUGGUGAAACGUGUUUAUUAGAUAUUCUAGAUACAGCAGGACAAGAAGAAUACUCCGCUAUGCGAGAUCAAUACAUGAGGACUGGCGAAGGUUUUUUGCUAGUUUUUGCAGUGAACAGUGCCAAAAGCUUCGAAGAUAUAGGAACCUAUCGAGAGCAAAUCAAGCGCGUCAAAGAUGCAGAAGAAGUUCCCAUGGUUCUAGUCGGUAACAAAUGUGAUCUGCAGGCGUGGGCCGUGGACAUGAACCAAGCCAGAGAUGUGGCCAAACAAUAUGGAGUACCAUUUGUUGAAACGUCCGCCAAAACUCGAAUGGGAGUUGACGAUGCCUUCUAUACACUGGUUCGUGAGAUCCGUAAAGACAAAGAAAGAGGGAAGAAAAACCGGAAGCACAAUAAACUUGGCUCCAGUCGGCGGUUCAAAUGUCGACUGCUGUAAGUUGUGUGUGAGAGUAUCGUACGCUGCCCUGCUGUUCUACAUUUUAUAUUACCUAUCUGUACGCAUAAAAAGUAUAACAUUUGAACAUCUUUCUAUGAUCGCACAACAACACUCAUGUUGUGUGGAGAAAGGAGUGGCUCAAAAUAUCAAUUGUCAGCAAUUUUGAAGGGCCCACUUCAAAUGCCGUGGUGCCACACAACUGUAGUUCGUCUUUUUUCCGAAUCCGUUGACAUUUAAACGAUAAAGAAUUGAUCAUAAUACCUACAUGUAGAAAUUGAAUGUUAUUUUGCAGCCACAUUUAUCCCAUUCCUAAUGACCUCUUGUUCAACUAACUCACGUAUAUAAAUGUAUGAAAGUGUCGAAAACGAGAAUUGGAUCUAAAGAUAAAUGAACAAGUUAUUAGGAUUGAAGCAUUUACAGUCCUAAUAAUUGUAUUUACUGAAAUUAGAAACUAGUCUCGUGUCAUGUCAUUAUUGGCCGUCAAGCGUUAAACAAGGUACGUGGUAAAAUGCCAGGAUGUUUGAAUUAUGUGGAAAAAAAUGACUCAUUUGUCUAAAAAACAUUUCUUAAGCUUAACGUCUAAAUAAGAUGGUCUGCAAAUUUGUAGCGUAGUGUCUUUCUUACUUAAAUGCGAAAAUAAUCAGAUGCAGAUAAUCAAAAUAAGCAUGAAUCCUGUUGAUUUGCAUGUCGUUCAAAUUAACGGGGGUACAGCUCAGUGUGAAUAUCCCCACGUCUCCAGUAGACAGAAAUGUUUUGCAAUUUUGCUGCCAGAAAAAGAAAAUGGUAAAGAAAUUGUCAACGCAGUGCUGCUUUCCUUGCAAACGGCACGAGAACGUUUCUUUCAUGACUCAUCUAUGCGGAAAAAAAGGCUGGACAUUUCGCAAAACAGUCCCAUAUGAAUAGGAAACCCAGCAAAGAUGGGACUGUUAUGCGAGUGGCGGCAGAAUAGCCGCUCAGCAUUUGAAAAAUUUUCAACAUUCACAUUUGUGUUAUUUACAAAUAUGUAUAAAUGGACAUCAACUUUGAUCUCAUCUAAUUUACAUUAUCAAUGAAUGUACAUAUGUGCCAAAAAAGUGCAAUUAUGUGUGUAAAGUUGUUGUUUUUUACAAUAAUGUGCGGCUAUAGGACAGAUCGGUGAAGUACUAGAUUUGUAGUAAUGAGCUGAAUUUUAGUAUGGUGAGAAGGUCAAUUCUCCGUUUCUGCAAUGAAAUGGUGCAAAAAGCGUAGGUAUUGUGAUUGCUUGCCUAAUUUGAUGCUGUUUGAGCAAAACUUUGGGCAACAGUGUUGUUGUUUUCUCCAUUUCUUGCAACAUAAACAACAUAGUUAUCCAAAGUUUUGCUCAAAUAGCAUCAAAUUAGGCAAGCAAUCACAAUAACCACGCUUUUUGCACCAUUUCAUUGCAGAAACGGAGAAUUGACCUUCUCACCAUACUAAAAUUCAGCUCAUUAUUACAAAUCUAGUACUACACCGAACGUGCCCCAUUGUGACAUGAAUGACUACUGGUACCACGUACCUGGUCAUUAAAUUUUCUCCGGUAAAUGCAAAUCAUCAAUUAACAUUCAAAGUAGCAAACUUUUGUAAAAAAUGUAAUUGUAAUUUAUUAAUCGUGCAGUUACACUUUAUGUCAGGUCCAGGAAAGUAUUCCAAAAAUAUUACAGUAGUGAAUUUCAUCGAAUUGCAAAGUUCAGUUGUUUGUGAAGUUAAUCCUCAGAUUAGUCCAAUGGCUUUUACAACGCGGAACGUGUAGAAAAUACAACUGGAAAUUUACAUUGGUGUCCCCCUUAUUCUGACCAAAUCUUAAAUACAAACUUCUAAUGCGAACAGCAACGCCUAAAAUGUCAACGAAUUUGAUUAAAAAAUGAACUUGAACCCUUUGGCACCACGAAAGGAGGAGUGGGCCCAUCAACAUUCUGGUCGUACGGUAUUUCAAUAACAGUUUGAGUCACCCUGGUUGCUAAACAUUUACGUUGUGUUGCCACCUAUCUACUAAAAGGACAAAAUAGCGGCAAAAUUGAGUAUACAGAAUCUGCGCUGUGUCAAAUGUGCAUGAAUUUGGCUGAACUUUCUUGGUUCACAACCACUUAGCUUUAAAAAUGUGCAGUCGUUUUUUUUCUUGGCAAUAAAAUGUUCCAUCCUUUCUACUCUACCAGUGCUAUAGAUUGACUUGAAAACCAAAACUACAAAUACGUAGCUUAAUUACAACAACACCUAUGACAAAGUCUAGUUCACGAAUUGCAUGCCGAGAAGCUUCAUUUUAUUUUAUAUUCUAAUUCCCUACGAACGCAAAAUCUUGCACAUGGAAACAAUGAAUGAACUGUUUUGAUGAGUUCACAAUUCACGACAAUUGAAUUAUUGAAUUGUAUUUUAACCGAAAUCCGGUAGACAUUCAAAUAUUACGAAAUUUUAUGACAAUGUAUUAUUUGCGACCAGUUGCUACCUGGUUAGUUCAGAGUCAUGGACAUAGCUAUAAAAGCUGCCUAUCCACUAUGCAAUGUCACUCCGGGAAGUGGCUUGACGGAAAAUGUUAUAUCACAUAACUGUACAAACAUGAUGUACAUAACUCUUCUACAGGAUCUUCCGCAUGGUACGCAGCCUUCUCGGCAUGUUGUUUGCUUGUUAGGCUAGCACCCAAUGUCGUCCACAUUUGAAUUUACAUUUUAUCAAAUCUACGAAAAUGGGGUUUUCUACUUACGAAAUUGUGCAUGUGGUCAGACGUUUAAGCAAGUGCAUCCGUAUAAUCAGACAGAAUACACUUUAAUUGUGUGUAUCUUACUUUAAAUUGAGCAUACAAUGUAGUAUAGAUACUUCUAUUUAUGAUGGGAUUACGUUACGUUAGCGUCGUUUGGCAUAAGUUUGCUUGACAUAAUGAUU